GAAGCAACAGUUUGUAAACGAUCGGGGUCAAAGGUCAGUGAGGGAGUCACAGCCGAACGUCCCAGAGAAAACCACUGGAUUACUUUAUGUAAAGAUGGAACUGUUUGUAUGGGACUGUCUGUCCUGUUUGCUUCCUUCCCUCUUCCUGUUGCUGCUGAGUCUCGUCCUCCACUGGCUCAGAGCACGUUGUCGGACAGGACGGGCGUCCAUGACUGAAGAAGAACCCCCGCUCAUCUGCAAACACUCUGCGCUGGCCAAAUAUCUGCUGCGCCACUGUGGCUCUCUGGCCAGGCCGAGACCGGCCGCCUGGCCCAGGGGAGACCCCCACCUCCAGACCCUGUCCGCUCUGCUGUGUGGACCAGCAGGAGACACAGUAGAGUUCACCAGGGACAAUCUGCUGCUGAGAGACGGGGGGAUUGUAGCGGUGGACUGGGCUCUGGAGACCGGACUGGGUGAGAGGAUUGGGAGGGGGAGGUGGGAGGGGAGGAAGGAGCAUCAGUCGGGGGGGAAGGCGCUGGGUUGUUUCACCUCGACGCCUCCUGUCCUUCUCCUCAUCCCUCAUUCAUGGGGAGGGGCGAGCCCUCACUUGAAGGCCCUGUGCCAUCAGGCCAUACGUCAGGGCUUCUACGUGGUGGUGUUCCACCCCCGGGCCACAGCAGGCUGCCCGCUGACCACAGCACGACUCACCGAGUUCGGAGACCCGGCUGAUCUUGACCAGGCAGUGACCUACAUUCACAGCCGCCACCCGUCCUCCGAGCUGGUUGCGGUGAGUGAGGGUUCAGGUUCAGGGAUCCUCCUCUCCUACCUGGGGGAAUGUGGAUCCAGCACAUACCUGACUGCAGCUGCUGCGCUCUCACCUGUGCUCCUGGGCCAGCUGUGGUUCCAAACGGCCAUGCCUGCCAUUUAUCGCUGGGGUGCGCUGUUUCACCGGAAACUGCAGCUGAGGAGAUACGCAAACUCCUUCAGAGGAGUCGUGGAUGUGGACCGGGCCCUCAGCUCCUCCUCCCUGAGAGACUUUGAAGAAGCUCUUUUCUGCUCUUCGGCCCAACGUCCAGAGAAACCUCCACUAAACUCUCUUAACAACUCCGGACUGAGACCAAGACCUCAUAAUGAGAGGGAGGUGGCUCCCUCUGCGGCCUGGGCACUGGGGGAAAGGGCUCAGCCAGCCGAGGACUGGGACAGCUACUGGGAGAGGAACGAACCCCUGAGAGAUGCAGAUGAAGUGGCCGUCCCCGUGCUCUGCAUCUGCAGCCGUGACGACCCUCUCCUCCCUCCUGCCUCCACUCUACCCAUCGCCCUCUUCCAGAACAAUCCCCACUUCUUUCUGGUGUUGACGGACAAAGGAGGGCAUUGUGGAUUCACCCGAGACCAACAGGAGAUGGAGGAAGGGAAGGAUGAAAAUAAGGAGGUGGAGGACGCUAGCUGGAGUCACAUCGCAGUUCUGGAUUUCUUCAGAGUGGUGGCUGAUUUCCUGAGAGGGGAGAGGAGGGAUGGGACAAGUUGGGGGGGUCCACUGGGGGGAAACAUCCAGGCUGGGCAGAGGAACAGGGGCAGCACCAUGGGCCCUCUCCACAGGAGGAGAGCCACUGUGAUGAGGAGGCCGAGACCUCAGGCACCAGAACAGAGCAGCGUGGAUGAAGAAGGAGAGACCUUCACCUGGAAGAGGUCCUAUACACGCUGAGGAGGAAGAUGGCAGAGGACCAGAAGAUUAUACUGAUUUUUGGACUUUGUCAAUCAAAUGUCUGGAAGAUAAAAGCAGCCAAGUAAUGGACAGCUGUUGGAAACGAUAUUUUAGUUCAGAAAACAAAAAAAUCGUGUUUUCUUCAACAAUUAUUCAUGUUGAUCAUGUGGAUAAUGGGUUAAGAGAAACUAAGAUCGCUCAUGAUACAAUACAUGGUCCACCACAACGAUAUCUCCAUUCAGUGGUUCUGCAGCAAUCAAACAAGACAAUCGUAUAAUGUUAUAUCACAAACUAAACAAAAUGCCCCUAAAGAGUUGAAGUGCAGGAUUUAUUCUGUAAUCUGGUGUCAGUUUCAGAGUUUGACACAAACUGAGAUCAAACAAUGGACAAAAAAAUAUCAUAAAGUUGAAUCUUCUAAUGUCUCUUUGGUCUGCCAUUAUCCAAAUGUAAAAUGACCACAAACUAGAGAAUAUAAAUAAAUAUUGAAAUUUGGCCCCAGCAUAUUGAUAAUGAGAGUAAGGACGAUAAUAUGUUGCAGAAACUACUUUGUGCCACUCCUCCACUUUGUAUGAAUCAAAACAUGAUGAAUCCACGUUCAGAGCUGCUUUGAGAAAAAAACAAACUUUAAAGCUUUAAAUACUUUUACUUUGUCAUUCUCCUCAAAUGCAAAACACCCUAGGACAAUGAAAUAUUAAAAUUACUUUAUUACAGAUGAUUCUUUAUCCAGUAGCCCUCUUCCAACAAAAAAUAGUAAUUACAAACAAAAUAUUACAUUUAUUCCCUAAACUUUGUUUCUGAAUUUCUUUUAUACAUUUUUAAUCACUUUGUCAUCUGUGAGGAAUAGCUUUCCUCUUCUGCUAUGCAACAUUCAGCUUUUUGCACAAUCUAUACAGUUUAAUACAGUUUAAUACAGGUCUCUGGACCAGGGAGAAUAAAACAGCAAGAUCCACCAAAUGACAGGAGAGUUAAAAGAAAUACUGAUCAACAGACUGUACAGAAAUGACCCUGCCUCCCGCCUACUCUCAGCCAAUGGCAGCCGUCCCUCAUCACACUGACGGGGGGGGGGGGAUCACAGUAGACUCCUUAAUCUGGUCAAUCACUUGUGCAAUCAGUGCAACUGAUCCAGUUCAGAGUGACCAAGGUCUAGAGAUAGACUCUGCCCCAACUGCCUCGAAAACACACAACUGGGAGUUCUAGUAAACACAAGAGAAAUCUACAAAUCUGCACUGGUUUGGCUGCAGACAUCGACUGGAAAAUAAAAUGGCCCAUUCUGGUGUUAAAGGAAAUAAAAUCUCUAAGGAACUGGAAAAAUAAAAGUUGGUAAAAUAUGUCGGGUACAAUGGCAUCCUGGCAUUAAAAGUUUUCUGUGCCAUUAAAAAACAGGAUUGUAAAUAGUGAGUUCAGGGAGGUAAGAUUUAAAAAAAGGCAAAUUCUUUUAAGUGCAGUGUGAAAAUGCUUUGUGUAAAAACCAAAACAGAAGCAGGAACACGUUUCAUAAGUCAGAAGCUCAAGUUCAAAUAAUAUCAGUGGAUCCCACAACACCUAAGAGUAAGUCUGUAGAUAUCAAACAACAGAUAUAUUUUCACUGUCUUGUGCAAGAACUUGUCGGGUUGUGGAUGAAACCAAAUGUUACAGAACUGAGCAGCUUUUAGGACAAUUCUUAAUUUUUUAUGUCAUUGUGACCUCAACCUAGAAACCAUGACGAAUCUAAGUAGACAAUCUAAUAUAGCCCAUGCUAAAUCAAAGGCUACACCUAACUAGAUUUCAAAUGAUGUGCAAAAUUAUCCUCAUUCAGCAUAAAAAAAAAAGAAAAAAGGUUGCUGUUACACUCGAGUCAAUCUGACCAAGAGUCCUGUUGUUGUCAUUCACCACAGAACAUCUGUAACAAGUCUCAGAACUUGUGGCUGCAAGUAAGACAGUGAAAACCCAGCGGCUGUAAAACACUUAAAAACCGCUGGUCUAAAACCACGUCAUUGUGUCCGCAUCACAAGUUAAAUUGUCUUUGAUUGGUCAAUCAGGAAUUCCAUAUUUUCAAAUUCAAAAUAUACAAUAUUAACAGGUUUCCUGUACAUUCCACCUCUGAAGAUAAUAUGAUGCGCAAUCUCUGCAUUUCACAAUAAGACCUUUAUCUCCAUUUCUCUAUAA